CAUGUCUGGUGGUUUUGGUGUGACACAGUGGGCUGGGGAAGUGACCAAGGGAUUGGAGGAUUUGGAGAGGAACCAGGAAUUAAAGCACAGCUAACGAACCUCAUUCGAUCCGUACGCACCGUGAUGAGAGUGCCAUUAAUAGCCGUGAACUCCAUCACAAUCGUUCUCCUCCUGUUGUUUGGUUGAAGAUACCCGGUGGAAGCCACUUGUGGACCCCCAAAGAAGAGCGAGUUGCUCCUCACCACCGCUCCUGAGUUUCCUGGGAUCCAGCACGGUUUAGCUGUCAGCUUGACGCUCGACUUAAAAUAAUAAAAGACACUCUGUUUCUAUUUAAUCCUAUUUCCAACCGUUCACAUGCAGUUUCAUUGGACGGGAUGCGGGGAUCAAUGCCACCACGCUGUGAAUAUACUGGACUCCUGACGA